AUGUCCUGGGAUGCCAUUCUUAAUAGCAUGCUUCAAUACCCCAAGGUAACGUGCGGCUGCCUUGCUGGUGUCGAUGGAGUUAUAUGGUCAUCGUCUCCCGAAUUUAAGCCCAGCCAGGAAGAUAUCCUUAAAAUAGUCAAGGUGGCUUCCAGUGGCCAGAACGAGUCUGUUUCGAUAAGUGGCAAAAAACUUAUCACUGUCAGGUGUGGAGGAAACGAGCUCUCCGCUACCGGAAGCGAGUACGCAAUCCACGCUCGUGUACUCACCAAAGCCGUUGUCAUUGCGGCCAACUCCGACCCCAAAAAUAACCCUGGCGUCAAUUGCCUCCUCUCAACCGCUAGCUGCGCAACAGCCAAUCACUUGGCCUCGUCUGGAUUCUAG